AUGUUUACGAAAGUGGUUAUUGACCGUGUUUGGUCAGUAUCAUUGAUCGAGAAUGAUGAUUUGGGUUUUCACAAUUUAGAUGGGGUAAUAAUGGAAUACCGCGACAGCCGAGAGCGUGUCUCUGAGGAUGCGAAUGGAGCGAUACCAAUGCAACAAUACGGCUACGGGAUGCACGUAUGUAUGACAAGUGAGAAGAAUAGGAAUGCCGGAAUGGCGAUGUUUGAUCAUGAGUGCCUGCUCAACUUUAAAUCUCACUCUUGUCUCUUGAUGGAGUUGAAUUCAUUAGUACACGUCCCUACAUCUCAUAAUCCUUCCAAUACAAAGUCGGAAAGUGUUCUUACUGUUUCGCCUUAUACAAAACAACAAGUUGUCUCUCAUCAUUACACUGACUCACAAUCAUCAUCAUCAUCGCAAAAACAACAUUCAAAGUCAAAUGUAUGGCAAAUCAAAGAGGGAAGAGAAGAUAUUGUGAAACAAGAUCAAAACCUUCAAACUUGUCAUUUCUCAAGAUAUACACAUACACAUAUACAUAAUUCUCUAUCAUAUCAUUCCACACCACGAAUGACUUUAUCUAUCCCUGGAAAUUUAUACGAAAUCGAACAAAAUAUGACAGAAGAUAUCUGUGGAAAACCUGGUCCUUCCCGUCCAUCAUUUAUCGAUCCUUUUUCAUCUCACAAAGCUCCCCAUCCGUCUAGUAGACCUAUGUCCCAUAUGGAGAAGAAAAAGAAAGAGUCAGGCUCAAUAGGGAAUGUUGAUGAGUUGAGAGAGAUGGACAAAAUUAGUGAUAGGGAUAAAACACAUUUGGGUUCAUUCAUGGAUCAUGAUGAGUUAAGAGGAAUGUAUCAAAUAGAAAAUGGAGGGAACCAAAAGGAGUCAAAGAGAGAUUCACCUAAGACUUCUAUAUUCACAAGACCACUAUCCUCUUUCAGACUCUCGAAAACUUCCACAUCCCCCAAAACACGAGGAAACGAAAAGUCACAAAUUCCAAAACAGGAUUUACUCCCUGAACCUAAAUCAUUAGGUUGUCUCGCUCGACCUGUCAAGAUUAAUAGCGACCAAAGUCGAUGUAGUUGGUUCUCACAGAAACUAUGA